AUGGCGCCUGCCAGAGACCAGCGCAAGGUAUUGCGGGCCAGGCUUCGUUCUCUUAGGGAAGAGUAUGAAAAGGCUCGCACAGCCAUGAGAACUAUCGGAAAGGAGAUCAAGGAGAUGGAGGCGGAGCUCGAAAAGCUGAAUAUUCAGGAGCCGGACCCAGCAAAGGCUUCUACCAGCAACAGCGAGCGUAGCCUCAAACGCGGGCUGUCUGCUCCCAAGAAGCCAGACCCAGCGAAGCCUGCUACCAACAACAGCGAGCAUAGCCUUAAGCACGGCCGGUCUGCUCCCAAGAAGCUGGACGCAGCAAAGCCUCCCACCAGCAACAGCAAGCGUACUCAGCACCCACAUUCCACCUCCACGAACCGCCCAGUCAUCACCGGUCUUCGCCGAGCUCGUAGCGCAUCACCACUCCGUGAGAAGGCCGAUAAACUCGAAGAGCUCCUUUCGAAGGCCGAUGAGCUCGAAAAGCGCCGUUGGAGGGAAGAAGUAGACGACGACACGCUGGCGAAGCUAGAAGAAGCUAGACGCGAGAAGUACAAAAAGAGACCCACCCUUCGCAAUCUCAAUCGACCCUCAAUGUUCCUUGCUACGCCCAAAACUCCAGCUCAAGUCCUGAACAACCACGGCGUCUACACCUAUGCCGUCCCUCAGGCUCUGCAAGAGGAGGAGAUGCACGGUUACCCCACCGUCAUCUACCACGAGGAUAAGUGGAUGGAGCUCUGUUGCUCGGCGUGUGGUGGCAACGCAAUCAAGCCGACAACGCGUAUGCCGGUUGAGGAGCUAGAUUGGGUGAAAGGCAUCGUUGGCUUCCACCGCCAUCUGCACUACGGCCAUGGUAUCGACAUCCACAAGAGACAGGUGGCCUCUGCGUGCAAGGUACGCGAAUUCAACGCCGAAGAGGUUCGCAAGAUGAGGGCUCGAGCCCUAGAUGCGCCCAAGAUCACACAGAAGUGGUGCGUAGAUGGAAAGGUUCCCGCCAGCAAGGGCAAUUCAGGAGGUGCCGGAGAGGGUCUGAAGGUCGGACAAGGCGAGAAGUUGUAGGCAUGGGUGUGUACGAUGACAAGCUAUGGUAGCGGGUAUUGGGGCUUCUCAAAGAGCUAGUAUUGACGGAAAGUGGUUUCUGUCUUUCAUACUGACUAGAGCAUCUGCGGGUUUUCCGAGUUGUUCUGGAC